UUGAUUCAUAGAGAUAUAGUUAUUUCGCGAUGAAUGGGGAUUUUCUGCAGUGUUCUGCGAACUACAUACCCUUGUCACCGAUAAGCUUCUUGGAACGAGCAGCUGUCGUCCAUGGCGAUAAGCCUUCCGUCAUCUACGGUGGCUUAAAAUUUUCGUGGAAGGAGACGCAUCAAAGAUGUCUCAAUUUGGCGGCAGCUUUGGUCCGGUUAGGAAUAUCUCGCCACGAUGUCGUUGCAGCUAUAGCACCAAAUAUUCCAGCCCUCUAUGAGCUACAUUUCAGUGUUCCAAUGGCUGGAGCAAUUUUUUGUGCCCUCAACAUUAGGCUGGACUCACCCACAUUAUUAUUAAUAUUACAACAGUUGGAGGCCAAAGUCAUCAUCGUAGACUAUCAGUGUCUUCAACUUGUCCUCCAAGCAUUCAAAGAAUUGUGUCAAAAAAAAUUGAAGCCACCUCUACUCAUUCUCAUCCCAGAGUCUGACCAACUCUCAUCUAAUGGUAUCAUUGGUCAUGAACUUCCACCAGGCAGCUUGAAUUACAAUGUCCUGCAGGGUAUUAAAGCAGAAGCCGAAUUUGAGAUUCGACGACCGCACAAUGAAUGUGACCCCAUUUCAGUGAAUUACACUUCUGGUUCAACCGGGAAUCCCAAAGGAGUAGUGUACAGCCACAGAGCUGCGUACCUGAAUUCACUAGGAGCAAUUUUUCAGACUGAAAUGGCAAAGAUGCCUGUGUUUCUAUGGACAGUUGACAUGUUCCGCUGCAAUGGAUGGUGCUUCCCAUGGGCUGUUGCUGCUCUUGGGGGAACCAAUAUCUGCCUCAGAAAAAACCUCUCCGCAAAGCUAAUUUUCGAAUCAAUUUAUCUUCACAAGGUAACCCACAUGUGUGGCUCACCCUGCAUUUUAAACAUUCUAGCACAUCAUGCCUCAAAAAGUGACCAAAUCAGGCCAUUGAAAUCCACAGUAAAUAUUCUUGUCGCCGGUGCAUUGCCACCGCCACAGAUACUUAAGCAAGUUGCCAAUUUAGGUUUCAAUGUGAGCCAUGGAUAUGGUAUGACAGAGGCUCUUGGUCCAGCCAUUGUUACACCAUGUAAACCAGAACUAGAUUCUCAGCACAACUUGAUGAUGGAAGGGGUUGAUGUGAAAGAUCCAAACACCAUGGAAAGUGUUCCAUGUGAUGGCAAAACAGUGGGGGAGAUAAUGUUUAAAGGCAACACUAUGAUGUUGGGGUACCUAAAAAAUUCCAAAGCAGUGAACGAGCCUUUUAAGGAAGGGUGGUAUAGGUCGGGUGACCUAGCAAUUAGGCACCCAAAUGGGUACAUUCAGAUGAAGGAUAGGGCAAGGGACAUGAUCAUGUCUGGGGGAGAGGCUAUAAGUACACUGGAGGUAGAGGCAGUUUUGUUAACUCAUCCUUGUGUUUUGGAGGCUGCUGUGGUGGGGAGAAAUGAUGAUUGCUUGGGGAAGACUCCAUGUGCUUUUGUGAAGUUGAAGGAGGGGUCUGGUUGUGAUGGAAAUCCAAGUACUUCAAAGGAGAUCAUGAAGUUUUGUGGGGAGAAAUUGCCUGCUCAUAUGGUUCCAAAAGUUGUGGUUUUUGGGGAUUUGCCAUUGAAUUCAACUGGUAAGAUACAGAAGUUUGUUCUAAGGGAGAAGGCAAAUAAAGAGGUUUACGCAGACACCACUUCGUUACAUGAAUAAGACUUAAAUCUUGGUGUGUGAAUGAGUUCUUAUUAGUGUUUCCUAGACCAAACAAAAUUGUUCUAGCUCUUGUAGUACAUCCAAUGCAAGAUUAUCAAGAUGCCGUGCAUAUCCUAUAUAAGCUUUU